UCAUAGGUGCGGAUGCAAAGAUGGCGGAGGAGGAGAGUCAGUUGGAAGAAUUUGAGCAAAUAGACUUUUUAAGAGAUCGACAUGUUCGGUUCUUCCAGAGAACACUUCAAGUGCUUCCAGAGAGAUACGCCUCACUGGAAACUACCAGGUUAACAAUCAUAUUUUUUGCCCUCUCUGGUCUGGAUGUGCUGGAUGCCCUUGAUGUGAUUGAUAGGAACAUGAUGAUUGAAUGGAUCUACUCACUACAGGUGCUGCCAACAGAGGACCAAUCUAACCUAAGUCGUUGUGGUUUUCGAGGCUCAUCGCAUAUUGGAAUUCCUUACAGCACAAAGGGUCCAGGUGUUCUCCAUCCAUACGACAGUGGUCAUGUGGCCAUGACCUACACAGGCCUGUGCUCGCUGCUCAUACUGGGAGACGACCUCAGCCGAGUUAACAAACGGGCCUGUCUGGCUGGUCUCAGAGCACUGCAGCUGGAGGAUGGCAGUUUCUAUGCAGUGCCAGAAGGAAGUGAAAAUGACAUUCGCUUUAUUUACUGUGCUGCCAGUAUCUGUUACAUGCUGGACGACUGGUCAGGCAUGGACAUCCAGAAGGCCAUCGAGUACAUCAGGGGAAGUUUGUCAUACGACAAUGGGUUUGGUCAGGGAGCUGGGAGAGAGUCACAUGGUGGAUGGACUUAUUGUGCAAUAGCCUCUCUGUGUUUAAUGGGUCGGCUGGAUGAGGCACUGAGUCAGAGGGAGCUGGACAGGAUACGGCGCUGGUGUAUCAUGAGGCAGCAGAACGGCUUCCACGGGCGCCCAAACAAGCCUGUAGACACAUGCUACUCCUUCUGGGUGGGAGCUACACUAGAGCUGUUAGACGUGUUCCAGUUUACAAACUUCGACAAGAAUAGAAGCUUCAUCCUGUCCACGCAGGAUCGGUUGGUGGGCGGAUUUGCCAAAUGGCCCGACAGCCAUCCAGACCCUCUCCAUGCCUACUUAGGACUGUGUGGUCUGUCUCUGAUCGGGGAGCCCAACCUGAGGAAGGUCCAUCCAGCUCUUAACAUCACCCAGAGAGCCUUUCAGCACCUACAGCAGCUGCAGCAGACAUGGAGGGACAGCACGGGCAGCUGCAGCAGACAGCACUGACAGCAGGAUGAGCCACACGUCUGCCUCUGAACAGGUUCAGUCAGGAACAUCGAAAAAGGCAACUGGACUUUAAACUUGGUCUUGAAUAUGUUUGGCCUCUCAUACGAGAGGCCUUCCUAUUUCAGGAUUCAUGAUGGUUUUUUAAGACUCUGGUUACACAGUAUUAACGUUGUGGAGCUCAUUUAGCGUUCACUUUCAACCAUAUACACACACACCACACUCUGCUGCCUUUUUAUUUGUAACAUUAGUAAAUAACGUGUCGUUUGUGGGAAUAAUAGUAAGUGCCACAAAGUCAAAUUUAAGUCACUUAACUUCCAGAUGCCUUAAAUUUGCCAAAUCUUUAGAUUAUGAUGUUUGUCUGCUGCUUACCCUCAGCAUCAUUGUCAGCAAUAGAAUCUGUUGUAAAAAAAUUCUGUCUAGGAUUAGUACGAAUGACGCAUGGUCACGAGAAACGUCCUUUAAGUUUACAUAUUUGUAAAUCUGAUCAGGGCUUACACAAAUCUAAAUUACCCAGAGUAACUUCAGACAGUUCUCAUUUAAUGUGAAUCAUAGAGCUAGGUUUUUUUUAUGAAUAAUGUUCCUAUAUUCUAUGACAAAUGGAUCAGAUAGAUUUUCAUUUUUGUGCAUCUAAUAUGAGCCCAGUGGUCAUUUUGGUGAGAAUCUGAUGAAAAAACUUUAUUCUUUACUUCAGAUUAACACUCGGACAAAAAAAAAAAUUAGGUUUAACAUCAAAGUCCUCCAGGUUGUUUCUUUGUCUCUGUCUUGUUUCUUUUCUGCCCUUCUUACGUCUCCAUCCUGAUAUGGCUCUUGAACUUCUUGAAAGCCCUGAGCUCUUUGCUCCCGAAGGUGAUGCCAGCCUGCAGGUUUUUACUCUCCUGUGCGUCCUUAGGUUUCACCACUGCAGGAUUUGCUCAUUGAUCAAGAGAGAUUUGAACUGACAAUACACCUGCUACAAAAGCCAACAAUCACCCCUGGAGUCACAUCUAUGAUGGCUGGGGGAAUACAAAUUCAAAAAACAAAAAAAUAAACACAUUUAGCUUCAGGUCAUCUCAUGCCAGAUCACAAAAAACACAGAUAACGCUUCGAAAUUGUUCUAAAUAUAACACAAAAAUGGAUUGGGCCUAAGGGGAAUACGCUAAGGGGGGGUAUUUUAUUCCCUAGAGGUUGUAGCUGUCGGUUUUUGCAGCAGAUGCCGUUCCAACAUCCCCUGACUCCUGCUCUGCGCAAUCCUCCUUCACCAUCCUCCCUUCAAGGCUCCCUCUGUCCUGAAAUCAAUCGUAGAAAAGAUCAAUCAGACAUUGGCAUUGUAACUUUGGGAAAUGUCUGUUAUUCUCAGAACAAUAAAGGUGCAAAGAAUACAAAAACAAAAGAAUAAUGUAUAUACUGUAAGUGAAGUCUGGUCCUGAGGUGUUCACCUCCAAUGAGACUUGGGCACAGUGCUCUCAAGUGCUACCCCAUUGUCUGCGGAGAUGCUCAUUUGCAGCUCAAACGUAAUCAUGAGCUGAGCAACAUUUUAAACGGUAAUGAGCCAUCCAAACAUGAUCCUCCUUUUAUAAAGCUUUUAGUGUAAUCAUGGUGUCCAGUCUGAGUUUGUCUGGUCUUUGUUUCGAUUAGUCGGGGCUUGUUUAUGUCGAAGCAUGUGUGAUGCCUCCAUUCCCAAUUAGCAGUGACGUAAUUGCGACAGCUGUGUGAAAACGCUGUACCACCUUUCUGCGAUUAAAAAAACCUCCUGCUCUUCACUAGCUGAUAAAAUGGACAUACAGAGGCUACAAUGUUUAGUCCAGUCUACCCACAGUAUGGCUGUGCUAUUCAAUUGUACUGUUUUUUUGUCCAGCGGCUGCUUUCACUAAGUAAAACCUGUAAGCUAUAGGUAUCGCCUCAUUGAGGAGAGAAAAAAAGAAAGUUGUGGCCACAGAAGCAUUCAUUUUGGCCCAAGCUGCUGCUGAUACUACUGACACUUGGCAGUGAAUAUCCUAAAUAAAGUUAAGCUCUACAAGCUCUCCUCUUGCCUUUAUACAUUGGUGCUCUACUGCACCCUGCCAGGUAAAGCGGGGUGCAGGUGUUAUCACAGCAUUUUUAAAAAUACUAUGUCUGCAAUAUUGUACCCUGUGGGAGUUUGCUGUGUUUAGCCCAAUAUCUGACUUGAUAUUAAGAGUGUAACACCUUCAUGUUCUCCAGCUCCCGCCUGACCUGGUCUAUUUUCCCACUAAGUUGCCCUCCUUUUCAGACUUGAAACCAGACCAGGAGGUCAGAGGAAAGCAGAGAAGAAGAAAAGAAACAGAGGGAGGCACAGGGAAUAAAUAAAUGAUUUGGCCCAUCUAUUAUUAAGAGUAAACUGUCGGAGGCUAGAGUCUCCUCUCUGAUCCCUAACCAGACCUCCGAUGAUCCACAGCCUUUGUUUUGUUUAUCGUUUUAUUUAAAGCCACUGUUUUGCUUGAGAUAAUGGGUUUUCUCUCCAGUGACUCUCACUGAACACAAUAUUUUAUUUAAACAAACAUUUUGUUUGUUAUAUAUCACAAAAUCACCAUCCUUCCCCUCAGAAAGAUAAAGCCAAGACAUUCAUUGCUGCUGCUAAACUCAGAGUUAUUUAUCAUAGGAUAGUCUGGUGAUAGUGGAAAUUGAAUGGAUUUGAGAGACACAAUGACUUGAACAAUGCAGGCUAAAUCAUAUGCCAGGACCACUCACUCAGACUUGACUCGUGUGCCUCGUGUAGUAGCGUUGUUUGGGGUCAUUGCUCCCGAGAUGAACUCAAACCUCUACAUAUACGGCUUGCUUCAUUUGAGUGUAGCGGUGGCUAUGAUGAGUAGUCUGAAUAUUAUUGUUCCUCAGAGAGGAAAGUGAGGAAAGAUACAUUUAUUAAGGAAGUGGAAACAUCUACUUUUAAAGUCCCAACUUCACUCGGGCACUAAGAGCUGACUGGUAGAAGUAAUUUUUACCAGAAUCUCACUCUACCACUUCCACGUCUGGUCGAUAAUGUAAUUCCGGAAGGAGACAAAAAUAAUGAAUUGUGGCAGAACUCAUAAAUGCAUACUCGUCUUUAAAGGGAUGAAACACUGGACGGAUGGAUCUGAAACUUGCCGCAGACCAAAGGCUGCGUCUCAGCACUUGUUCUGUUAUGUCUUCUUUUUGGCUGCGUCUCACUGCAGUCCGUGCUCACGUGCCCCGCAGCAUGAAAACAGGGGACGGAGGCUUAAAGCCUCAGUGAAGGCUGCAGUGCAGCUGUUUGGAGGGGAUCAGCGAUGUGAAAGGAUUGUUAACUCAAAAAAUGUCACAUGUGGCCCAUCGCUUCAUCGCCACCCAAUACACCCACUGCAAGAAUAAAUAAUGUAACAAAAGAAAAAAAAAAUGUAAUAUGUAAUUGAAUUUAUUUUUUCUAUGCUGUGUAGAAACAUUGAGUGUAGAUACGUGUGUCUAUGAAUGUGUCUCCUCUGUUGUGCAAGUGCUCAAGGUGAUAAAAAAAAAAAUGUUUACAACUAAAUCUUUUUGGAAUUGGAUAUGCAAAUAUUUGUACAGUAUGUGAUGUAUUAUAGUAUUCCAGGGCCGUAACAUCUCCAGCUUUGCAGUGUAUUUAUGUUGAAUAAAACACAUACUAACGUUUACAGUA